GGGGUGGGGUCAUGUCAUGGGCCUUCCUUGUAAAACCAGUAGAAAGAUAGAGAGAGAGAUACUCUUUAUAAAUGCUUAUAGUGCCUCUUCUUCUUCUUUAUAUAAAUAUAUAUCCUCCUCAAAAUUAAAGACAUAAUAAUUUGAGUCUCCUCUUUACCAAACCCACACAUAUAUUCUCUCAAGUACUACUUCUCAUCACUCUACAAAUUCUCCAAAUGCCUAUUGAUCAUGGUUUAUCGGGUUUGGGUCAAACUGUUUGUGUGACUGGAGCAGGUGGAUUCAUAGCCUCUUGGAUUGUGAACCUAUUACUCCAAAGAGGCUAUACUGUUAAAGGGACUCUCAGAAACCCAGAUGACCCUAAGAAUGGUCACUUGAGAGAACUUGAAGGAGCAAACGAGAGAUUGAUUCUAUGCAAAGCUGAUCUUCUUGAUUACGAGAGCCUUAGAGAAGCCAUUAAAGGCUGCCAAGGCGUUUUCCACACCGCUUCUCCCGUUACAGACGAUCCGGAACAAAUGGUGGAACCAGCUGUGAAUGGAACGAAGAAUGUAAUAAACGCAGCUGUGGAAGCCAAAGUGAGGCGCGUGGUGUUCACAUCAUCGAUUGGUGCUGUGUAUAUGGACCCAAAUAGAGGACCCGAUGUUGUGGUCGACGAGUCUUGCUGGAGUGACCUUGACUUUUGCAAGAAUACCAGGAAUUGGUACUGUUACGGGAAGGCAGUGGCUGAGCAAGCGGCUUGGGAAAUGGCUUCGGAGAAAGGAAUUGACCUAGUUGUGAUCAACCCUGUUUUAGUGCUUGGACCCUUGUUACAGCCAACUGUUAAUGCUAGCAUUGUUCACAUCCUCAAGUACUUAACUGGUUCGGCUAAGACUUAUGCCAACUCAAUCCAGGCUUACGUCCAUGUUAAGGACGUUGCGCUUGCCCACAUCUUGGUUUUCGAGACCCCUUCUGCCUCCGGCCGCUACCUCUGCGCCGAGAGCGUUCUUCACCGUGGCGAGGUCGUUGAAAUUCUUGCCAAGUUCUUCCCGGAAUAUCCUAUUCCUUUGAAGUGUUCAGAUGAAGUGAAUCCAAGAGCAAAACCUUACAAGUUCACAAAUCAGAAAUUGAAAGAGUUGGGAUUGGAGUUCACUUCAAUCAAACAAUGCCUAUAUGAAACAGUUAAGAGCUUACAAGAAAAAGGACACCUUCCUCUACCACCACCACCACCUUCACCUUCUUCUCCAAAACAAUUAGAUUCUAUUAUUAGAAUCCAAUAAUUAAUCUUCUUAAUUAUCAUUAUUAUUACUAAUAGGCCUUCUGCUCUGUUCUGGAUUAUUAUUUUACUCUAUCUAAUCCACAUAUAUAUAAACAAAAACUAUAAAUAUUGUUGUUUGAGAUGUUUAAAGAAGCAUGAUAACAAUUUCAUAAUAAUAAUAUAUGUUUGCUGUUUUUGAAA